CUCCUCCCCCCUCCCUCCCAGGUGCGGUACUGCCAGUCCCUGAGCGAGGAGGAGAGGAGGGAGCUCCUCAUGUUCAGCGGCCAGAGGAAGAGGGAGGCGCUGGGCCGCGGGACGCCCAAGGUCCUCCCCCGAGCCCUGCAGCACAGCCGCUGCGAGAACUGCAGUGGAGGCAUCAACGGAGGGGAGAUGGCCGUCUUUGCCUCCAGAGCUGGGCCGACCCCCUGCUGGCACCCGGGAUGCUUCUCGUGCUCCACGUGUCAGGAGCUGCUGGUGGACCUCAUCUAUUUCCACCACAACGGAAAGAUCCACUGCGGGAGGCACCACGCCGAGGUGCUGAAGCCACGCUGCUCCGCCUGCGAUGAGAUCAUCCUGUCUGAUGAGUGCACGGAGGCCGAGGGACGCCACUGGCACAUGAAGCACUUUGCCUGCUACGAGUGCGAGGCCAUGCUGGGGGGCCAGCGGUACAUCAUGAAGGACGGCCGCCCGUACUGCUGUGGCUGCUUCGAGUCGCUGUAUGCAGAGUACUGCGAGGCUUGUGGCGAGAACAUCGGUGUGGACCACGCCCAGAUGACCUACGAAGGGGUCCACUGGCACGCCAACGACCAGUGCUUCUGCUGUGCCCAGUGCAAGUCCUCCCUGCUGGGCUGUCCCUUCCUGCCCAAAGAGGGUCGCAUCUACUGCUCCAAGGCCUGCAGUCAGGGGGAGGACGUCCAUGCCUCGGAUUCCGCCGAUUCGGCCUUCCAGUCGGCACGCUCCCGCGAGUCCCGCCGCAGUGUCCGCAUGGGGAAGAGCCGGCCUGCGGAUCAGUGGAGACAGUCCCAGGUGUUGAGCCCCCCUCCCGCUGCCGUGAACCCCUCAGAGUGCAAGUGCACCAAUGGAGACGUCGACGGGGGCAUGGACACCAACGUCAACCAGGACAUCGAUAUCGUAGGGCGUAAGCUGGCCCAGGCCGGACUGGAGGAGGAGAGGUACUGGAGAGAAAGGGAGGAGCAGGAGGCGGGCGGAGACGAGGACCCGGAGGAGUGGGCGCAGCACGAGGACUUCAUGACUCAGCUUCUGCUCAAGUUCGGCGAUUGCGGGAUGUUCAGUCAACCGUCGCCCGACGCCACAAGCCCCGGCAGUGACCGCAUCAGACCGAAGGAGGUCUCUGAUCCCUGGCUGAAACCCGAUCCUACUUCCAUGGGGGUGAACCUAUCCUCGCCGACUUCUCCAAGUCCAUCUCAGAGUCAGAUCUACAGUCAAUCCCAAAGCAAUAGCCUCAGCCCUGGAUUUAUAAGUAAGAAAAACCUCCCUGAGAUGUACUGGACUCAGUCCCAGGACGGCUUGGGAGACUCUGCCUAUGGGAGCCACCCUGGCCCAGCUAGUGCCAGGAAGAUACAGGAGCUGGAGCUGGACAGAGAGGAGGACCAAUGUGGACCAGGGAGGAAAACCUUCUGGAGGGACCCAAGGCAAUGGUAUGAAGACUCCUUGGAGUGUAUCACUGACGAGUUGAGAAAGGCCGAACAAGGUGUAGGAGACUCCAUGGACUCAUUGGCCCUUUCCAACAUCACAGGUGCAUCGGUAGAAGGAGACAGCAAAGAACGAACCAUCUUAUACUCGCUCCACGGUUUAAAGCCGCCCCUAGAGUCCGUCGAGGACUGCGAGAAGAUGAGCAACAUGGGAACUCUCAACUCAUCCCACCUUCACCACAGCGCUAACUCCUUGAUGGUCCCAGAGCUGGACAUCCACCACCACCAACACCAACUACAGCACCAACCCCAUCUCCUCCAACGCCAGCAGAGGUCGGCAGUGGAGGUGGACGAGGAGGUCGCCAACGAGAUGGGAAUGAUGGGAAUGAGAGGCUGUGCCUCGGGGGCCUCCUUCUCAUUAUCCCCCACCUCCCAGGAGGUCUCUUCUCCAUCUCUGCUGCUCCAGGCCCCGGCUCUGAGGAGAAGCCGGUCCCAGGGCAGGCCCCCGCAGAUGGUCAAGUUCUCAGAGGACACCGUGGACAACGGCUGUUACGACGGCAUGGAGGUGAACGUCAGGCAGCACCCCAUGAGCGAGCGGCCCCAGCGGAGGGGUCACCGCCGCGCCGAGGAGCCGGCCAGGGAACACGGACGCCCGGCCAGCCACCACGGUCGGAGCAGGCCGGCCCACCACAGCGGCAGGCAGCGCAGGAGCCGCAAAACCCGCUCGGACAACGCCCUGAACAUGGUUCCCCUGGAGCAGAUGCAAAGGCCCUACGAGACCCAACGGGCGGUGCCGGGUGAGCCUCAAGGCGGGGCGAUAUUCGGCCAGUCUUCCCAGUGCAGACUGCCCCCCCAGUUUCCUCAAAGCCAGGCCGAUUACGCCGUCCCGAACUCGGCGCCCGUCAGCGACCCGCGGGUCGAACGCAUCAUGGAUCUGUACAGAGACGAGGACGACUGGUGCUCCACCUGCUCCUCCUCUUCCUCAGACUCGGAGGAGGAAGGCUACUUUUUGGGCCAGCCGAUCCCUCAGCCUCGUGCCUCCGGUCGCUACCAGUACUAUACCGAGGACUACCCCACCAGGGUCACCGCCCUUUCCCCACAAAGCCUAGGCUCACGGACUACUCGCCGCAAAAGCCACAAAGCCAAAAACUGUAUCAUCUCUUAACAUCCUGAGACAAGCUUGCCGGACCUGUAUUUAUACAAAGGGGAUGCACUCCAUUAAGCAAGGAAACCAGAAUUUCUGAUUUGAUAGUUACUUGGACGUGGAUCAGAUUUGUGAGUCUAGCCAGCAGUGGGGAAAGAGAUUUUGUAUAGAAAAGUCAUCAGGUAGCUCACUUACAUCUCGAGUGUUUGGAUUUCAGGUAAGGAUUUACCAAAGUGAUUGCCACUUACUUUUUUUGCAGUUUCAAAAGGUCAUUCCAGAAGUGUAUAGUUGUUAUUAUAAUCUAUUUAAUUGUGAUUAAUAAAGCUUUUUUCAUGGAUGCUUACGUGAAGUAGUGUGCGGCGGACCGCAUGGACAAAUGCUGUGUAUUAUCCUUUUUUUUUUCAUGGACUCUAUACCCAUUUCCUCUUAUUGCCAAAUGCCAUACAUAUCAGCUCGGAUACACAAUAUAAGUUAAUCCUUCAAAUAUGGGACACAAACUUCUGAGUCAGCAAAGGACAAAAUCUGAUCAGUGCAAUAUGGAGUUUGAAUAACAGGCUUUUGCGUAUGCCUGACUUGUGGAACUUUAUUUUCUAGCACUAUAAUGGACAUAUGGAGGGAGUCAGUUAAAAAAAGUUUGGAAGCAUUUUCUUGUAUCCCUAUAGUUUUGAUAUUUGCCAAUAAACAACUUUGCUUUGUUUUUAAAUUUGCAGUCUGCGAGUUUUGAAACAAUCCCAUUGUAAAAUCAGAGGUUUGAUUAUUUACCAAGCAACUAGAAACUAACCAAAUAAUUAUUUAUGAGUAAAUUGUUACUGUAUAUAUUAAGUUAAGAUUUUAAUACCGGUAUUUUUGGAUCCUUGUUUUAAGUUUUUUUUUUACAUCAUUGAAAAAGUAAUGCCAUUUGUAAACACAACUUCAUAGAUGUUUUCAAAGAACAAUUGGUUGCUACAACACAAGCCAAUUUCGGCGGGGUGAAAUGUCAUUAUUCAACAAUCAAGUCUCAAUAAUAUUUUCCAGUAAUAUUAUAUUGUAAAAAGUACACAAUGCUCUUGUCCUGGUAUUAGUGCUUCAAUUCCUAUUCAGUCAAGGUACUCGCUACGCUGUACCGUCAUUUAAAUGCUUUGCAAUAUAAAAGCUUUUAAUAAAAAACACUUUGGAAAGCUU